AUGGGGGAUAGUAGCUGUUCUACCCAAAUAAUUGAUGGAGAUGGCGCAUAUAAUGUCUCUGGAAUGGAGAAUUUCAUGAAGACUAUGGAACUUGGUGAAUGUGUCUCAUAUGCUAUAGUCUCCAUAAUAGGACCUCAGAUCAGUGGAAAGAGCACUCUUCUCAACCAUCUUUUCCAUACAAAGUUCAGAGAGAUGGAUGCAUUCAAGGGGAGGUCUCAAACUACUAAAGGAGUUUGGCUGGCAAGGUGUGUGGAUAUUGAACCUUGUACUAUUAUCAUGGAUUUGGAGGGUUCUGAUGGAAGAGGGCAUGGAGAGGAUGAUACCUCAUUUGGUAAGCAGAGUGCUCUUUUUGCUUUUGCAGUUUCAGAUAUAGUAUUGAUAAAUAUGUGGUGUCAUGAUAUUGGAUGUGAGCACGCUGCUAACAGACCUCUUUUAAGAACUGUAUUCCAAGUCAUCAUGCGAUUAUUUAGUCCUCAUAAAACCACCUUACUCUUUAUCAUACGUGACAAGAAUAAAACCCCUAUAGAAAACUUGGAACAUAUUUUGAAGGAAGAUAUUCAAAAGAUUUGGGAUUCUGUUCAAAAACUAUGUGAGCAUAUAAAUACUCCACUCAGUGAAUUUUUUAAUGUAGAAGUUGUUGCCCUUCCAAGUUUUGAAGAAAAGGAGGAACAGUUCAAGGAACAGGUUGCAAAGCUACGGAAAAGGUUUUUUCAUUCUAUUGCUCUUGGUGGGCUUGCUGGAGAUAGACGAGGCGUUAUUCCUGCAUCAGGAUUUUCUUUUAAUGCACAACAAAUUUGGAAUGUUAUAAAAGAGAACAAGGAUAUUGAUUUACUUGCCCACAAGAUGAGGGUUAUGAUUGCUACUUUUCGCUGUGAUGAAAUUGCAAAUGAGAAAACUUUAUCUUUCUUGAAUAAUGAGGAGUGGCGCCACCUUAAAGAGGCUAUACAAAAUGGUAUUGUUCCAGAUUUUGCGAAGAAGCUCAGCUCUAUAUUGGAGAACUGCUUGAUUAGUUAUGACAAGGAAGCUGUAUAUUUUGAUGAUAGUGUUAGAACCUCAAAGAGACGACAAUUGGAAUCAAAACUUCUUCAGUUUAUUCAACCUGUUCGGGAUUCCAUGAUAUCGCAUCUACAAUACAAAGCUGUAGAAGAUUUUAAAGUUAGAUUUGAUAAGGCUCUGAAAAGUGGGGAAGGUUUUUCGGCUGCUAAGAAGAAUUGCUUUCAGUCUGUCAUGAUUGCAUUCGGUGAAGCCUGCGAAGGCUUUGAACAAGCAAUUCGGAACUCUUUAAGAGUAAAAGAAUAUGCCAAAAGUGUGGUUGAAUCCAAGGACAAGGAAGAAGCUGAUUUAACGCAUAUGAAGGAUAGGUAAUUGUUUUCUUGAAGUCUUACUUGCGGAAGAUCUCCUUUAUUCAAUUUGUGUAAUUGUAUGCAUAUGUUUACAUAAGAUGAAAUAAGGGUUUGUGGAAAUCAGUAUUUUGCUAGGGAUUUUAUAGAGUGAAACUUGGGCUCAAAUUCACAUAAGUUGCCAUUCCAAUA